AAUUUGGUCAAUAAACCGUGUUGAAUAUUUAAAGCGGAAGAAUAUCGGGUUUAAAAUUAACGAUUUAAAUAAACACUUGAAUUUGAGAAUAAUAAUUAUAAAGUCGAAGGAUAAAAAAUUAUUUACAAGUGAAUUUUUUAUUAUUUUUUAUGCAAUAAAAAUACAACAAAAGUUACAGAAAUAUUCUUUAAAUAUGGGAUUGAUUUGGAUCGUAUUAUCUUCAAUAGUUUUUAUUAUUUGUUUGUAUGGAUACUUGAAAGUUGUAUAUGAAUGUGUUAGAAAAGUGCGAAUAAAAAAUACUGAAAAUUUAUCAAAUAAAAAGACGGCAAGUGUUAACAAAUGUGUUGAAGAAAAGAAUGCUGCAAAAAUCAAUGUUAAUGAAUAUAAGCAGGCACCAGGUCCAUUACCAUGGCCUAUUUUGGGAAAUUUAGCCCUAUUAGGUCGUUAUGAUGUACCGUUUCAGGGAUUUACAGAGUUAGCAAAACAAUUUGGAAAUGUUUAUUCAUUAACAUUGGGUACAACCCGUUGUCUAAUUGUUAAUAACUUGGAUUUAAUUCGAGAAGUACUUAAUCAGAAUGGUAAAUAUUUUGGUGGUCGGCCAGAUUUUUUACGUUUCCAUGUUCUUUUUGGCGGUAAUAGAAAUAACUCAUUGGCCCUUUGUGAUUGGUCCCAACUUCAGCAAAAACGCAGAAAUUUAGCUCGUAAACACUGUUCUCCACGCGACGCAACUUCAUUUUAUCAAAAAAUGUCGGAUGUUGGUUGCUAUGAAAUGCAAGAAUUUUUAGAUCGUUUAAGUGCUACCGUGAAAAAGGAUGGAGAGGAAAUUGCAUUAAAGCCUCUAGUUCAGCAAACUUGUGCUAAUAUGUUCAGUCAGUAUAUGUGCUCCAUUCGUUUUGAUUAUGAUGAUAAAGAAUUUCAAUAUAUAGUACGUUGUUUUGAUGAAAUAUUUUGGGAGAUUAACCAAGGAUAUGCUGUAGAUUUUUUACCAUGGCUAAGUCCAUUCUAUGCAAAUCAUAUGAAGAAGAUUGUUCAUUGGUCGAAUACAAUUCGAAAAUUUAUUUUAGAACGUAUAAUAAAUGAUAGAGAAAGAAAUGUUGACGCUGAAGCGCCAGAAAGAGAUUUUACUGAUGCGUUAUUAAAAAGUCUUGGCGAGAAUGAUGACGUAUCUCGUGAUACUAUAAUAUAUAUGUUGGAAGAUUUUAUUGGUGGCCACUCUGCUAUAGGAAACCUCGUAAUGUUGGCGUUAGCUUAUAUAGUUAAAAACCCCGAAACUGGUAAAAAAAUUCAGGCGGAAGUGGAUAAUAUCCUUAGUAAAAAUCAAAGAUUUAUUUCUCUUAUGGACACUGAUAACAUGCCAUAUACUGUUGGAACAAUUUAUGAAGUAUUAAGAUACUGUUCGUCGCCUAUUGUACCACACGUUGCAACUGAAGAUGUUGCAAUUGGAGGUUAUGGCGUGACCAAGGGCACAAUUGUAUUCAUCAACAAUUAUGAGUUAAACACCAGCCCUAAAUACUGGAAUGAACCAGAAAAAUUCAAUCCUGAACGAUUUAUUUUACCACUUAAUCCACCCAAAAUUGAUCCAGUUACAAAAAAUGUGCAACACGUUCAACUUAAGAAAAAUAUACCACAUUUUCUACCAUUUAGCAUUGGAAAACGAACAUGCAUUGGUCAGAACUUGGUAAAGGGAUUCGGAUUUAUAAUGCUUGCUAAUAUAAUGCACAAAUUCGAUAUUUCAAGCAAAGAUUUAUCACAAAUAAAAACAUAUCCGGCUUGUGUAGCUGUGCCGCCUGAUACAUUUCUUCUCACACUAAAACCUCGAUCACCAUAAGCACUACCAAUUAUUCUAAGUUCGACUAAGUUUUAAAUAUAGAAAACAAAUUUCAAAGAAGUAAAUUUUAAAGGUUUAUCUUCAAUUUUAUUAAUUUCUUUAAAAGAUAUUUCAAUUAUUUCAUAUUGAAAAAUAAUAUUAUUACUGUAAUAUAUAUAAUACUUUAAGUUAUAAAUAUGUAUUUAAUAUAUUAAUUAUUUAAUGUAGUUACCCACAUACGUUAUACAACACAUGACUGAAAAAUACAACUAAAAUAAAAUGAUUAUUUUCUUAACUCUUAA